CAUUUUCUAACACUGCAAGAAGGAAGAUGGAAAACAGAGAGCGGACACAGCCAGGAGUAGUGUGCUGUCUGAUCUGUCACAUGAAGCAACACAGCCAGCUAUGUGAAGGAAUUACACACAGUCUACAGCAACAGCAUGGGACCCAUGGAGCAAAGGCUGGCGGAAUUCAGAGCGAGAAAAGCCGAAAUUCGUCUGCCGCCUGGGCCAAGCGGCGGUGGGGAGGGGAGCAGAGGCGCAGAGCAGAAAGGAAGGACGUUUAUACAGGCGGCAAAAGAAAAAAUAUUCAGGGUCUGCAGCAAGUGGAAAACCAUGGAGCCUGCAGAGACCGAGGUUUUGUGGAGGAUGCCAGUGACCCCAGAAGACGCAGCACAGUCCGAGGCCGAGCCUGCCUCCCCCUCCAUGUGGAAAACCAUCCUUCUAUUGAAGUUCAUCCUGUGGCUCUUACUGCUCGGACUGUUUGUGGAGCUUGAGUUCGGCCUGGCCUAUUUCGUCCUUUCCAUGUUCUAUUGGAUAUAUGAAGGAACUCGCAGGCCUGGCCUAAAAAAGAAAGGGGAGAGGAGCGCUUACUCCGUCUUCAACCCCGGAUGUGAGGCCAUUCAGGGAACGUUAACUGCAGAGCAGUUUGAGAGAGAGCUUCACUACAGUACCCUGGCCGGCACCUAGGACGAGCAGGCAGCGGUCAGCGUAUGUUAUAUAGGCCGGCCAGUCCCAUCCUGCACUGGGGCAUUGUAAAGUUUUCACAUCUGAGACAAUUGGGCCAUAUAGCUGGGAUAAUAGGUGCGGGUCCCGAGAACUGAGCGGUGAAGGUGGUGGCUGGAGAACUCCGGGUUUUCUGGGGUUCGGCCACCACCAAGCUCUCUCUUCGUAGUAGUGAAUGGGAGCACACCGCACUUGUGUGGCCACCACUCCCAUUCAUUUCUAUGGGUCCGCCAAAAAAACUGAAGUUACUCCGGG